AUCACUCGGCCACGGAGGUCGUCAGCAAGCAUAAGCAAAACCAUACUGAAAUCUAGUGAUAAAUCUGCUCGUAGUCCAAAGAUCUCUUCGGAUUUUUUCCCAUAUUACAAAGGACAGCUGAAUAAUGGUUUAGGUGUAGUAACUUACUUAUGAAUAUUUAUUACAAGAUAUUUUUUUAAAGUAAUAUACAUAAACCCUUCGAAGGGAACAACAGUAAUUUCUCUUGAUAUAGCAAGCACCUUUGAUACUGAUACAAGCGACAUAAAAGGGAUAUUUUUUUACAUACAUAUUGCGUAUGUAUGAAAACAAAAACAGAAUGAGCCAUGUGAUAGAUAUUAUAUAUCUACCCCAUUUUUAUCUUAUUACAGCUUAUAAAUUAGUGAUUCGGUACUUGUAUACCGGCCGCAAUUAUAAAAGAUUGUAGGAUUGUAAACCGCUCGAUAGCCCGAUUUUCCGGCUGCUGAUAACAUUAUUCACAGAAAUAAAAUCAUAUGUUGUUGUUGCUCUUUUAUUAUAUCAGAGCCAUAUUCCAUAAUAAUAAUACAUUCUGACCAUGACUAUUAAAAUUCACUUUGUACACACACGCUAUAAAUCUGAUUAGAUUCUACGUUUCCGAACCAAGAGUCCUGUAACUACAUUGAAAUCAACCUGAAAUGUUUAUAUUUUACACCUAUUCUUAUUGAUUUGUUGUUACCUAAAGCUAACUAUAUUAGUAAUUAUUAUGUAAACAGUAGCACCAAAUAUCAAAUUUUCAUAUUAAGUUAAUAUCUUAUCACAUUGUAUUUACUAGCGCUGUGUACACUUAAAUCAAGUAUCUUCAAGCCGCUAAAAUCCAAGUGGGGUUGGCAGAGUAUCAAAGGUGCAACCCUAUUGGCAUAGCAGUAUGUAAUGUUCCGGGUUACGGCGUGGAGGAGGUAGCCGACACGACGAUGUGUCUCAUAUUGAAUUUAUACCGGCGGACGUACUGGCUCGCUAACAUGGUGCGGGAAGGCAAAAAGUUUACAGGUCCGGAGCAAGUACGCGAGGCUGCGGCGGGAUGCGCCCGCAUCCGCGGCGACACGCUGGGCAUCGUUGGACUGGGUCGCAUCGGUUCUGCCGUGGCGCUGCGGGCCAAGGCGUUCGGCUUCAACGUCAUCUUCUACGACCCAUACCUGCCCGAUGGCAUCGAGAAGUCGCUCGGCCUUACCCGCGUCUACACGCUGCAGGACCUCCUAUUCCAGAGUGAUUGUGUUUCAUUGCACUGCAGCUUGAAUGAGCACAAUCACCAUCUUAUCAAUGAGUUCACUAUCAAACAGAUGCGCCCAGGCGCAUUUCUGGUGAACACGGCGCGCGGCGGACUGGUGGACGACGAGGGACUGGCGGCCGCGCUCAAGCAGGGCCGCAUCCGGGCCGCCGCGCUCGAUGUGCACGAGAACGAACCCUUCAACGUGUUCCAGGGUCCCCUGAAGGAUGCACCGAAUGUGCUGUGCACCCCGCACGCGGCGUUCUACUCGGACGCGUCCGCGCAGGAGUUGCGUGAGAUGGCCGCGUCCGAGAUACGGCGCGCCAUCGUCGGCCGCAUCCCCGAUUGUCUGCGCAACUGCGUCAACAAGGACUACUUCCUGCCGGGCUCCGCUCCGGUGCUGGCGCCUCCCGCGGCACUGCCCACCCCGCAGCCGCCGCCGGCCGGCUACAGCGAGGGCAUGAACGGGGGCUACUACGCGGGAGCCGCCGCGCAGGCCGCGCACUCCACCACCGCUGUGCACGAGCCGCCCGCGCCCCCGCUGCCGCCGCAGCCUGCGCCCGUGCAGCCCUCGCCGCAGCCGCCCAUCUCCCUGCCGAUCAACACUUCGGACCCGGCUAAUCACCAGUUGAAGCAGGAGAGCUCCGACGUCCACUAGGCGACGACGUACGCUACGUUACAGUACCGUGAAGGCGCCGAGCGACUAAUCAAACUACAAACAAACAAUAGUUUUAUUGAUUCCAUCGCAAUAUGUCAUAAGUACCUAUGUCGUAAGCCAACGAGUGAUAAUUAUGUGAGCAAUGUUUGCAUUGAGACGCGCCGCGAGUGGAGGAUCAAUGUUCCGAGCCCCUGGACAAUAUGUGGACUAGUGCCGAGGCGAGCGACACCUACCCAAGCGACACCUACCCAGCGGACAUUGUGCGAUGUGUAUACACUUGUCGGCUCGACUACAGAACAUUAGUGGUUUGCGGUUAUACUGUACGAGUAUACUUAAGGUACGAUUUAAGACGUUCCAAUUAUAUUAAUAUGAAUAAAGGCAAGUCGUGGAAAGAAGCAUGUGUGUGGUUUGUAGCGAAACGGCGUCUCAAUGCAAGCGGCGCGUUAAUUUGAGCGAAUAGUUGAUUCUGUGUUUGUAAUCGGUAAGUUGGGACAGCUAUAUAUAAAUACUGUUAUAAGUAAAAUGCGUGUAGCGAUCGCGGGUCGACGUGUGCUACGACGACGGAGUGUACUACUUAGAUCCACUUCAGGUCACCGGGAGGGAUAGAGAUAAACGCAUUUAACAUUAUAAUGUAACCUCAUCGGGUGUAGUCUGACGCGCGUGAUUCCCUCUCAAACUUAACGUGAGACGAUCGUCUCAACUAUAGAGAUAUAGAAAAAUAUCUGUUUAGUGAUUAGUACUUACGCGCGUUUGCCAUCCGAUGACCGCGGCGUCGCACGGCAUCGCCCGCGCUGCUUCUCGCCCGCGCGUCUCCUUUCUAACUUCAAUAACGAACGACAUCUCCCCUACCUACCCUUCCUAAAAUAUCCACCGCCGUUUCUAUUUGCAACUUGCCUUUAGCAAUGCGUUUCUGCGCGGAAACCCUAUGCGAUUUCCCCGUAAGCGGCCGCCCCGUUAUGAAGUUAGAUAGAAUGCCCGCCGGUACGAGCACCGAGCGCAUGCGCACGAACUGUUAUUUUAUAAGUAUCAACAAAUGGACUGUAGAUUCUAUCAUCACACUUAAUGAGAAAACAGGAGGUCUUUUUUUUAAUUAUUUGAAAUGUACAAAAUCAUGCUUUCAUUUGAUAAUUAUAUAUUUUUUUCUAAAUAGUGUGUAAAUGACGUAUUUGUACAUGAAUGAACAUCGUACGAGAGAGACCGAUCGCAAUAGUGGGGCCCUCCCCCCAAAAUUCAGCCUGUUUGAAAAUCGUGAGAAUUGGUAUUUAAAAUUAGUAUUUACUUACAGUUUAGUUUAAUGACAAAAACAAUGUGUAUAUUUUAUGAGAAAGUGAAAAGUUCUUAAAUAAAACUAUUGUUUUCGGAUUAAUUACUCUCGUGUUUUAUUUAACUCUUUCAAUAUUAUCCCUUAACAUUCUUAAUAAUAUAUUAACUUGAACAUGUAAAAAUUACAAUAAUACAAAUGAAACACACUCUUGAUUAGCAAAUAUGAGAUCAGCUGGAUCACAGAGAUUAAUUACGUAACAAUCAUUAUUUUCAUUUGUUAUAUUUCAAGCAUUAAAUACAAUGCUUACACAAAUACUGUUUUGAUUGUACAAAUGUACGAAAUAUUGGCACAAAACAAAGGGGCAUGCGUUACGAUUUGAUUUAACUACAUUGUAAACAAUAAUAUAAAAUUACGAAAGCUAAAUAGUUGUCAACAAUAUUUUGCUAUGUACAACAUCAUCAAUUUCUAUUUUUAGUUGCAUAAAGUGCAACUUGCAAAAAUGAUUUCUGACUAGCUUAAACACCAAACAGAUCAGCUAAUAUUGUAACAAGGAUUGUUCCUAUUCUGCAGUUCGUUGCUAACACGUUUCUGAAAGAAAGAAUAAUUUGAAUAAUAAACUGUUUUGAUAUAUCCAUGGGACGUCGUUUAUAACACAACAAUGUUUUUGUUUUACGCUAUUGAUCAUAAUGGCAAAUUACAUGAUAUUGAUUGUACAAAUAUUAUUAAUGUGUAUGUUUGUAGUGUUUGUUACUCAGUUACGUAAAAACGGCUGAACGGAUUUGGAUGAAAUUUGGAACUAUAGUGAACGCGGGCGAAGUCUAGGGCGGCCGCUAGUUAGUUGGUAAUAAAUGUCAUGAAAUGCAUAAAAUUGCACUUGUUGUUCUAUAUAAGACCUUUGGUAUAUUUUCUUAACUUUAUUUCUUAACCUUAAAGUAAAGAAGAAUUUUUAUUAUCUUUUUCCUAACCAGUUGAGAAAUAAGAAUAUUUUAUCCGUUCAUAACUGGGUAACUAGUUAGGAAAAUGGAAAAAUACGGUACAGAAAAAGUGAAUAAAAAUUCCAUGUUCGUAGUUAUAUUACUUAGUUGUAUUUAUAAAUUUUGAAAAAAAAAAAUAGUAGUGACUCUAGAAUGAAUAAAAUGUAUGUUUAUCUAUUUUCUUUGUUUUUCGGAAAUAAUUACUUAAC